AUGGACCAUGCUAAGAAUUUCUAUCAGAUGAUUCUCAAAUCGUCGCAUCCCGUUGCUAUGGGCUUACAUUUAGCAGGUAAAUCUCUACCGAUUGUGUUUUAUUUGGUGGGUUCAUGGUUCAUGUCAUUCACGGCCCAGUUCAUCACAGUUUUACUGCUCUUAGCAGGAGACUUCUACAUAACAAAAAACAUCACAGGCCGAAAACUUGUUCAAUUGAGGUGGUGGUACGAUUCGGUAAAUUCAGAAGAAGGACCAUUGUCGUUUGAGUCCUAUAAACAGUUUGCACCUGGUCCUCCAAUCAAUCCAAUCGACUCUAAGCUUUUCUGGCUCUCAACAUACGCUGCACCAGUCGUAUGGAUUGUUUUUGGCGUUAUGUGUCUGCUUCAGGCUAAAGUUUUGUACUUGAUAUUGAUUGUCAUGGCGAUUUGUCUUACAGGAUGGAAUGCGCACGGCUUUAGAAAGUGCGAUCAGUGGGAUCCAUCUGCGCAAGGCAACCAAACGGACACUUGGUUCCAGUUUCCCAACAUAACAAACCUUGGCAAUUUAGGAAAUCUCGCUAGAGUCCAGAACAUAUUCCGCUCCAACUAG